AUGACUGACAAGCCAAAAUCUCCAGCUACAGAAGAUCCUCCCAUCUCGCUUACGGCAACCCAAGCAAGACCGUCGAAUCGCGUCAUCAGAAGUACUUUGCUGAAGGCUUUGGAAACAGAUCCGACGACUGUUGGCCGAAGUGAAGUCGAGCACGAUCGCGCCGAUCGCUUCAAACUAGAACGACUUGCUCUUCCCGACGGAAAUCCCACUUCCUAUCUUCUCUGCCGCCAUUUUGCUUGCGAGGAGAGGCCCUUCAAGGACAAGGUGUUCCUUGGAAUAGGAAAAAGUGGCAAAGUGACAAAUUCGCAGGUCAAGAAUCACAUGGAAAUAGGCUAUCAUGGAGGUACCAUGGAGCAACUUUCCGAGGCUGCGGCAGAAGUAUGCAUCAGUCUGCGACUUCCGCCGACACUCUUUUCCUCGGAUAGCUUUAAGAGACUCACUGAGUUUCUAAGCGACGGAUACUUUCCAGGCGGCAUCAACGAAGAAGACAUUCGAGGACACUUCGAGCAAAAGGGCUACGAUCCUGAAUGGGAAUCCGAAGAAGAAAUGAACUAA